GGCGUGGUUCACGCGGGUCUCCUUCGCUGGCCCUGGGGAGUUCUGAGGUGGUUUACGUGAAGUUAGCCAGACCUAUACCUCUGGUGCUCAUCCCACCGGCGAGAUGGUGAAGCCCAAGUACAAAGGACGGAGCACCAUCAACCCUUCCAAGGCCAGCACAAACCCGGAUCGAGUACAGGGAGCAGGAGGCCAAAACAUGAGGGACCGGGCCACAAUCAGGCGCCUGAAUAUGUAUAGGCAAAAGGAACGCAGGAACAGUCGUGGUAAAGUGAUUAAACCCCUGCAAUAUCAGUCAACGGUGGCUUCUGGCACAGUGGCAAGAGUAGAGCCAAAUAUUAAAUGGUUUGGAAACACACGUGUGAUUAAGCAGUCAUCAUUACAAAAAUUUCAAGAAGAAAUGGAUACAGUUAUGAAGGAUUCAUACAAAGUUGUCAUGAAGCAAAGCAAGUUACCAAUGUCUCUUCUCCAUGAUCGAAUCCGGCCUCAUAACUCCAAGGUGCACAUUCUUGAUACUGAAAGUUUUGAAACUACGUUUGGCCCCAAGUCGCAGAGGAAGCGACCAAACUUAUUUGCAAGUGAUAUGCAGUCUCUUAUAGAAACUGCUGAAAUGUCCACUGAGAGCUAUGACCAGGGCAAGGAUCGUGAUUUGGUAAUUGAAGACACUGGUGUGAGAAAUGAAGCCCAAGAAGAGAUAUAUAAAAAGGGACAGUCCAAAAGGAUAUGGGGUGAGCUCUACAAGGUGAUAGAUUCAUCAGAUGUUGUAGUUCAAGUUCUUGAUGCCAGAGAUCCAAUGGGUACUCGUUCUCCUCACAUCGAGGCUUACUUGAAAAAGGAAAAACCCUGGAAACAUCUCAUUUUUGUACUUAACAAAUGUGACCUUGUUCCAACCUGGGCAACAAAGCGAUGGGUUGCUGUCCUCUCCCAGGACUAUCCAACACUUGCUUUCCAUGCAAGUCUUACUAACCCCUUUGGCAAAGGAGCAUUUAUCCAGCUUCUGCGGCAGUUUGGAAAGGUCUGGCAGUAUAUUACCUUGAUGCGUCGGAUAUUCUUGAUUGACUGUCCAGGUGUGGUUUACCCCUCUGAAGACUCGGAGACAGACAUUGUGCUAAAAGGCGUUGUCCAAGUUGAAAAAAUUAAGUCUCCUGAAGAUCACAUCAGUGCUGUACUUGAACGAGCAAAGCCAGAAUAUAUCAGCAAGACAUACAAGAUUGAUUCUUGGGAGAAUGCUGAGGACUUUCUUGAGAAGCUAGCUUUCCGGACUGGAAAGUUAUUAAAGGGUGGAGAGCCUGAUUUGCAGACUGUAGGGAAGAUGGUUCUCAAUGACUGGCAGAGGGGCCGGAUUCCUUUCUUUGUCAAGCCGCCCAAUGCAGAGCCGCCUCUAGCCCCCCAGCUUUCACCCUUCUCAUCUUUGGAAGUUGCUGGAGAAACAACCCAGAGCAACCCAGAAGAGGAAACCACAGACAUUGCAGAUGAAGGGUCACAAUCUGUCACUGAGAAAGAAAAAGAAAACAGUCACUGUGAUGGUAACUCAGAGAUGCAACAGAUUCUUGCACGGGUUCGGCAGAACUUUGGCAAAAUCAACGUUGUGCCCCAGUUUUCUGGGGAUGACCUGGUUCCUGUGGAGAUGUCAGAUAUCGAAGAAGAGCUUGAGAGCUUUUCUGCUGGAGAGGAGGAGGAACAGGAGCAGCUGGGGGCCGACGAGGAAGAGUCUUCCCAGGAGUCCCAGAAAGAGCAUGUGGAAGACAGUACCAAGGCAGUUCUUCGAGCUCUGGAUGAAAAGAUUGCUAAAUACCAGAAAAUUUUAAACAAAGCCAAAGCUAAAAGGUUUUCAGCAGUCAGAAUAUCCAAGGGGCUGAGUGAAAAGGUUUUUGCAAAAUCUGAAGAACAGAGAAAACCCCCUGAAGAAGCUCUAGAUGACACAGAACCUACCAAAAAGGGAAGGAAGCGGAAGGCACAGAGGGACGAGGAAUAUUUGAAUAAAACUCCCAGGAUACUUACAUCUAAGGAGCGGAGGCGAGCAGCACGGCAGCAGCAAUCCAAAAAAGUUGGUGUUCGCUACUAUGAAACACACAAUGUGAAAAACAGGAACAGGAACAAAAAGAAGACCAAUGACUCAGAGGGACAGAAACACAAACACAAAAAACUCAAAUAUAAGCAGUAACAUUUGAAAAGUUGUUUAUGAAAUUAUACAAAGAUAUGUACUCUGUUAAAUGUUGUGUUCAUUUUCAUGUCCAGUUGGCAUCUCUAAGGCCAUAAUGCAUUUGUCUGAGGUUUGACAGUUGAAGCCAUUCACCAGGACUAGUGAAAAUAAAGCCCCCUCACCACUAAAGAUUUCAGUGAUCGAGUCCAUUGGCACUUCAGAUGCUUGAAGUAGUCCUCUAGUUCCUCCAGAGUGUAACCCUGUCAUGUAAAUGUCUCACAGAAGUAGGGGGAUGUGGUGUACAAAAUGGAAAGUGUGGCAUUUCUUUUGUACUGGUAAUUAGCAAUUUGGAACAGCAACGUAUAAAAUUGUAAAAAGAAAA